ACCCUAAAAAAAAAGGAUGGGACUCGGGAGUUGGUGGUGCAGAGUCAAGAAAUUCGUCCUGCAUAGAUUUCUCGCGGCGCACGGUGCACAGUCCGGUCAAUAUCCUUCGACGUGGUGCACCUUCAUUGGACCUUCGUAUACUAAAGAAUACGACUAUACGAGCAUAUACGAUCGUAGAUACUGAGACUGAGAACCCAAGGGUUCCGAUUAUUCAUUUGUUUUCCCGUCCAAGGGUUCACGGUUUUGGCGAAAUCAAAUACUCCAAAAAGCAAUGGAAGGUUUCGAGGACUAUAGCUGCUUGGAUUUUCUCGCUUGUGACUUAAUUAACAAUAAUUCCGCCGUAGAUUUGAUAUGGCCCAAUCACAGUACCAGUGUGGAUAUGGAUUUUUCAUUGCGCAGAGGUUUGUCACAAGAGAAAUAUUGUGCGGAAGAGAAGAAGGACUGCAUUCGGAAGAGGGGACGCAAUGAGACAAGCAACAAACCAGGGACCAAGGCUUGCCGUGAGAAGUUGCGGAGAGAGAGAUUGAAUGAGAGGUUCUCAGAGUUGAGCUCUGUUUUGGAACCCGGGAGGCCUGCCAAAACUGACAAACCAACCAUACUUGAUGAUGCCAUUAGAAUAUUGAACCAACUCAGAACUGAAACUCAGGAGCUGAAAGAAACAAAUGAAAGGCUAUUAGAAGAAAUAAAAAAUUUGAAGGCUGAGAAGAAUGAACUUCGUGAAGAGAAACUCGUACUGAAGGCAGAUAAAGAAAGGAUGGAGCAGCAACUAAAAACUAUUGCCAUUCCAUCAGCAGGCUUUGUUCCAAGCCAUCCGGCAGCAUAUCAUGCCGGGGGAAACAAGAUGGCGGUUUUCCAAAGCUAUAAUGUGGUACCAAUGUGGCAAUAUUUACCUCCAUCGACCCAUGAUACAUCUCAAGAUCAUAAGCUAAGGUCCCCUGCUGCAUAAUGCCUUAUUCUUUGCACUUCUCCAUCCCUGGUGGCUGGCGCAGUACAUUCAGAUAAUUUUUUCCCAGAUUCAGUGUUUGAACUUUGAAGGUCGCCUUCGAUUUCUUCUCACUUCACUUGCAUAUAUCAUUGCUCCUACAUUUUAUUUAUAUCCGCAAAGCAUGGUGGAGUUUGCCUAGAAAUUCAGUGUGAAGGCAACAAUCUUCUUGAAUGUUGGACAUGCAUAAAAUGUUAAGGCAUCAAUCUUCUUGAUUGUUGGAGAUGCAUAAAACCAACGUAAUUAUUUUCACCUUUUCUGGAUGGUUUUGAAGAAAAAUUUCAGUCACUUUUGCUUUUUAUCAA